GGCGCACCUUUGCGUGUUCGGGGGCGUGUUGAGGGACUGGCCUCCCGCCCGUGGAGGCGAUAGGCCCCCGGAGGAAGUGGCCCUGCCCAGGGUUGCGCGCACAAGCGUGCGCUGCGUGGCGGAAGGGCGCUCCCGUCAGCGUGCCGGUGUCUGCCGGGGGUGCGCGGCGGGAGCGGCGCUCUGCCGUGUGGAAGAAAGGAGGAGCGGGAGGGUACAGCCCACGCGGGGGCAGUAAAUGUGUCCGUGGGCGUGAGAGGCGCAGAGGGGGUGAGCCCGCGCGCGCACACGAGGAAGAGCGGCAGUGGAGGGGUCGAUCCCGUUCCUGGGGGGAGACGGUGGGCAGGGCGUUCCAAUACGUGCGCGGGGUGACACUGAGAGUGCUUUUUCCGCUUACACAGAUGCAUUGAAGGAGGUUGUGUUGGUUUUGUGUAGGGCUGGUUUUGUAGGUGGUGACCUGCGCAGGGCUGCAGGAACAGCACACGUGUGUGCAUACAGGCGAUACAGAAGUGAUGGCUCCAUGGAUGAAGAAGGGUGGCAUGAAUACACGUACUAGUACAUGGUGUGGGAAGAGUUUUGGGCAGAAUGACCAAUAUGCAUACGGCAUAGCAAAGCAAGAGGGACAAUCAAACGAUUCCACAAGCACGCUGGCACAAGUGUAGAGAUUGUAAAGAGGAGUAUUCCAGGCUCUUUGAUUUUGAAAAAUCAUCGCUUCAGAAAUGUGAAUGUAGAAUAUACAGGAAGUGUAUUUCAAGAAUCUUUCAAAACAGAAGCAAAAGGAAGUCAUGGAGAAGAAUGGGAACAACCACAAACUUCGUGUUUGUGUUGCUACUUGCAACCGUGCUGAUUAUUCAAAAUUAGCUCCCAUUAUGUUUGGUAUUAAGGCAGAACCACAGUUCUUCGAGCUUGAUGUUGUAGUGCUUGGUUCCCACCUGAUUGAUGAUUAUGGUAAUACCUAUCGUAUGAUUGAACAAGAUGACUUCGAUAUUCAUACAAGAUUGCACACCAUUGUGAGAGGGGAGGAUGAGGCAGCUAUGGUGGAGUCAGUGGGCCUUGCGUUAGUCAAGUUACCAGAUGUCCUGAACCGCCUGAAGCCUGACAUAAUGAUAGUUCAUGGGGACAGAUUUGAUGCUUUGGCCCUGGCCACAUCUGCAGCCCUGAUGAACAUUCGCAUUCUUCACAUUGAAGGUGGGGAAGUCAGUGGGACCAUUGAUGACUCUAUCAGGCACGCUAUAACCAAACUGGCCCAUUACCACGUGUGCUGCACAAGGAGUGCAGAGCAGCAUUUGAUAGCCAUGUGUGAAGACCAUGACCGCAUCCUUUUAGCGGGAUGUCCCUCAUACGACAAGCUUCUCUCUGCCAAAAACAAGGACUACAUGAGUAUUAUACGCAUGUGGCUAGGUGAAGAUGUCAAAACCAGAGAUUAUAUAGUUGCUCUGCAACAUCCUGUAACCACAGAUAUUAAACAUUCCAUAAAGAUGUUUGAGCUGACACUGGAUGCACUCAUCUCCUUCAACAAGAGAACACUUGUUCUGUUUCCUAAUGUGGAUGCAGGAAGCAAAGAGAUGGUUCGGGUGAUGAGGAAGAAGGGCAUUGAGCAUCAUCCCAAUUUUCGGGCAGUAAAGCAUGUCCCAUUUGACCAGUUCAUUCAGCUAGUUGCACAUGCUGGUUGUAUGAUCGGUAACAGCAGUUGUGGUGUCAGAGAGGUGGGAGCAUUUGGUACACCUGUCAUCAACCUGGGGACACGGCAGACAGGAAGAGAAACAGGUGAAAAUGUCCUUCAUGUUCGUGAUGCAGAUACGCAGGAUAAGAUUCUGCAUGCUCUACAGUUGCAGUUUGGUAAACAGUAUCCAUGCUCAAAAAUAUAUGGAGAUGGUAAUGCUGUUCCAAGGAUUUUGAAGUUCCUUAAAUCUAUUGACCUCAAGGAGCCAUUGCAAAAGAAAUUCUGUUUUCCUCCUGUCAAAGAUAACAUCUCUCAAGAUAUUGACCAUAUUUUAGAGACACAGAGUGCUCUGGCUGUGGAUCUAGGCGGAACAAAUCUCCGAGUAGCAAUUGUCAGUAUGAAGGGUGAAAUAGUUAAGAAGUAUACGCAGCUCAACCCUAAAACUUAUGAAGACAGACUAGAAUUAAUUCUAAAGAUGUGCAUAGAGGCUGCAUCAGAGGCAGUAAAUGUGAACUGCAGAAUUUUGGGAGUAGGUAUUUCCACAGGUGGACGGGUAAACCCCCGAGAAGGAAUUGUGCUUCACUCUACAAAACUCAUUCAGGAGUGGAGCUCUGUGGAUCUCAGAACUCCAAUAUCUGAUGCCUUGCACCUGCCAGUCUGGGUGGACAAUGACGGAAACUGUGCUGCUCUAGCAGAGAGGAAAUUUGGUCAUGGAAAAGGAAUAGAAAAUUUUGUAACACUUAUUACUGGUACAGGAAUUGGAGGCGGAAUCGUUCAUCAACACGAAUUGAUCCAUGGCAGUUCUUUCUGUGCCGCUGAGCUGGGGCAUAUUGUUGUAUCUUUAGACGGACCAGAGUGCCUGUGUGGUAGCCAAGGAUGUAUAGAAGCAUAUGCCUCUGGAAUAGCAUUACAGAGAGAAGCUAAGAAACUGCAUGAUGAGGAUCUGCUUUUAGUAGAAGGAAUGUCAAUGAAGAAGGAGGAGGUUGUUAGUGCUGCACAUCUCAUUCAGGCAGCUAAACUUGGGAACACAAAAGCAGACAGCAUUCUCAGAACAGCUGGGACAGCAUUAGGCCUUGGAGUUGUGAACAUUCUGCACACCAUGAACCCGUCUCUUGUGAUCCUUUCUGGAGUUCUAGCUAGCCACUAUGUUAAUGCUGUCAAAGAUGUGAUAAAUCGACAGGCUCUGUCCUCUGUUAAAACUGUGGAUGUGGUGGUCUCGAAUCUAGCAGAUCCUGCUCUUCUUGGAGCCGCUAGCCUGGUACUGGAUUAUACUACACGUAGAAUAUAUUAGGUACCUGGAAGAAUUCUAGAAAUGAACUAUUCAAAUUCCUAAUGGGUGGAGGGAAUACUUUGCCUAUAAUUUUUCUUUGAUGAGAGCAGCUGCUGAAUCAGAGUAGUUCUGAGUAGUUAGUGACUACUUCAUCAUUUCCUAAUUGAGGUGUUAUCUUUUUGUAUUUUUCCUAAAUUUCAUCUGACUUCAUAGGAACUGAUGUGCAAUUCUGUUGUUUUUAAUCACCCCUGUUGGUAAGUCCCUACGUUGCUUUAAGUGUAGCUGAAUUAUUUAUGAGCAUAUCUUGAUGUAUGGUGGGAAAUGUGCGUAUGGUGUGUCAACUUAUAGCUAACACUUGGGGAUCCAUAUCUCAUUUCCCACCUAUAUGAAAUGAGAAGUCUGUAAUGUGACCAGCUUUUCAGUUUCCAGGUUUCCACCCACAAAGUAAAUAUUAUGUAAUCACCAAUAGCAGGUAGUAAUUUCAGUGGGUAGAAAACAGAGGGAAAUUGCCUCUACAGUCAAAAAGGCUGCAUCUGGCAAUUGUGGUUUAUGAAGAAGUUGGUCGAGGCAGUUAUUUAUUACAUCAUCUUUAAAGGGCACAGUCCCACUUUAGAAGCUUUGCAUAUGAAGAAAAAAGACCAUGGUCUAGUGAGCAUACAGCUUGCAGAACAGUCCAAAGAAACUGACAAGUGUAACAGUGACCAUCUUUGUCUUCUGGCUAUGGCCAACAGUAAAUUAUUUGAUUUUUAUUUGGUGUUUUCUCAAGGGACUUAGUCUACUACUUUUCUGCCAAAUUAGCAGAGAGGGGACUGUUUAUUCUUUGGUAGCCAGUUAGCUGAAAUUCAGCUAUAUGUGGUGCAUCUGAUGGUAAAGAGUCUACUUUUCAAGACAACUCUUCUACUGCAGAGUGACAUAGUGCAUCUCCUCAGCAGUUCUGGUGGCUGCAGGUAUACUGUUCUUGUCCUGCAUUCACCAUCAGCUUGCAGGAUGGAAACUUAAAUCUGAUCCUCGUCCUCACCUUCAAGACAUUCAGAAGCCUGGGAGCAAAAUAUGUCAAAGACCAAUGAAGGCUUGCCUAGGUAAACCAUGGUUUAUGUUUCUUUAACUAGUCCUUCUUGAUAUACAGCUUAGUCUCUAUCCAGCUGCUUUUUAGCACACUUUCAAGAUACUGUAGUAGUAACUAUUUGUCACAAGGAGAAAUUGAAAAACAGACCCAUCUAAGUGAUCAGCUAUCCCAGAAAGAAGAUAACUGUGGAGGAGCAGUCACAAGUCACGUCAAGUCACAAGACAAGAUGUCUAUUUUGACAUCUGACUCAGCCACAGAUGAUACGUUCAGAAGCCUAGUAAUGUACUAGUACAGGGGGAUAAAAGGGGCCAUUUCCACACUAAAAUGCCUUUUGCAACGAAAAAACCUUCUGCAACCACUGCCCUCUGCUCUAAAUAAUCUUGGACUGAAAAGCUGUUAGUAUAGCGAACCACUCUACUGGCUAAUUCUGGGACAUAAUCUACACAAGUUGCCUUUAUUUCAUCCUCUCUUCCACAAGAAAUGCUUACUGAGAACUCACAUCUUCCUAGCAGGUUUUAGAAACACCACCUGAUCUCCUUCUUGGCGUCUCCAGGAAUAAUUGCACAGCCUCUAUACUGUAGUUUUUCUCAGAAUCAGCAAAUACUGGCUCUUAAAGCCUACUACAACUUUGCACAUGGUUAUGUCACCAGGGUUUCUUAAUUCCUUUCCUGUGUGUCUUGGUUUACUUAGUGAUUCCCACUAAUUUCAAUAUUAGAGCAGUAGCUCUGUGAGCAGGCCAAGGAGAAAUCAGCUUUGCUUUACAGUGAUAGUAGCUUAGGGCAGGAGUAACAGUAUUGAGGCUCUAACAGGGAGGAGCCCUAUCAUUUGAUCUUUCUGUCCUCUAGUAUCACAAGGAAUGCCUGACUAAAAGUGGGACCAAGCUUUUGCUUUCCAGACCUCCUGAAGCUCUGUAUUUUCGAUAUAUCAGACUCCAGAUACAGGGUUUUUUUGCUAGCAGCUGAAGGGAGGGUGCAGGCAUAGCAAAAAUAUGAAAGACUAACAUACUUGAAAAGUUUUACUCCGAACACCUUUAGUGGCUAGUCCUGUUACGAAAACGGUUCUUCAAAUGCUUUUGAAAAUGUGUUUUCUGUCAACCGGACAAGAACCUGCUGCAUGUGUGCAAGUGGUGCCAAAUUGUUGCGGUUUUCCCUGAGAAGCCUGUAGGUUUAUAAAAUCAGAAAGAAUAAAAAAAUCAUAUUUAAUAGCAUAUGAGUGAUUUUGUUUGUUUCUCCUUCCUCACCUGUUCAGAAACUUCCCUCCCACUUCAGCCACAUUACUGUGGACGAAGGUUUUAUGGCCACUACCUCCCAAUUGUAUCCAGUCCCAGAGGGAGCAAACAGUAGAUGUUCACAGAACAACUGCAGUACUGUGCUCUCUGGUUACUUGAUGGUGGCCCUAUGUCUUUUGGAGUAGCCCAUACCAUGAAACCAGCCUUUAUAUCCAUUACUGGGAGCGAUGAAGGGGAGCAAAUGUGCAAUAUAACAGCUGAACUCUCCUUCCCCAGCUAUUAUCAGCAUGGCAGAUCCUAAAGCAGCAGUGCAUCCUCAUUACCUGCAAUGGCAGCAUCUGUUAAUACAACCUGUUGGAGGAGGAGGUUUCUUUUCAGUGUCCCUGGUUAGUGCAUGCAGUAUCCCAACUGCUAACCUUCACAAGAAUGCCACUGCCCAGCCCCCAAAGCAGAACUGCAUAUGACAUGCAAGAGCUUGGGCAGGUGGAGACCCGCUCAUGGACAUGCAUGCUUAUAAUCGGCAUCGAAUGAGCAAGGACCAGAAGUAUUUCAACAGCAGAGUGGAAGAAGGUUGGAAAGUGACUUAAAACUGCAGUUCUUAGUGCUGUAGUGUUUAAUUCAUAUAACCAAUGUAAGACCUCUGCCAUUCCCUACAUUGCAUUGCUUCUCAUCCAUAUGCAGCUCAUGGAAAAAGACUGCUUUGUCCAUGACUGCUCUGCCUAAGCAUAGAAACACAACCAGCCAGGACUUGGCACAAUGGGGAGGCCAGUUGAGUUUUGCUAGCUCUCUUCUUACAGAUCAUUGCUGAUGCUUUGCAAGCCACAUAGCUAGUCAGUACAGCAUGGCGGUUUGGAAUUUCUUUUUGGGCUCCUGAGCAGCGAGUUCAGUUAUUCGGUAUUUUGAGUCUUUGAUCUGCCAGCUAGACACUUAGAAUUAACAAAUGCCUCAGCCUUCUGGUGGUCUUGAAGCACUGUCCUUACUCCAUUUAAGUGUAUCAAAACUCUCAGAAACUUGGGCAUACCAUCCAUGGAGGCAAAGUCAGGUUUGUAUCACAAAAACACAUGACAGACAGUAAGGUGCAGACAGAGGUUACACUCUGAUUCAAUCUGCAUUAGUGAAAUCUGAUUGCUCUAGAGAGUUCACAGGCACUAAUAAGGGUAAAACAUGUGGACUAUACACCCCUUGGACCAUUCCAGAUAACUGUGUUUGGAAAAUGGUUUAUCAAAGACACAUUAGAACUCAUGCUUUGGCAGCCAAGGUGUUGGUGCUAAAGCUGUGUAUUUAGUCCACUUGUUUUAGUUUGGCACCACGCAGAUAAUUUGCACCCUGAGAACAUAAUGUGUUUUAAUAACAACUAAAAUUGCUGACGAGAUUCUGAAGAAGACAUAGCAAGCCAAAUUUUUCUUUGGCCUUGCUUAAGUUUGCACAUAGAGUUGUCAUGCUUCUGGGUUGGUUCAUUUGGCAGUUCUUUCUGCUGCUGUCGUAAGUGAGGGGAGCUUUUGAGUUCACAACCCUCUUGACCUCACACAGUUACCAGUUGUAUCCUUAACAAAUCACAAAUUACUGUUAAGGUGUUACUGCUAGCUGAAGAAAGGUUUGCUUGCUUGAAAGCUCACAUUUUUCUCCAUUAGUCUAAAAAGAGGUAAGUCAUCUCCUCACCCCUUUUGUCUUGCUUGUACUAUUAGACCACCAUUGCUGUAACUUUGUACCUGCAGGUGUCUGAAUAUUAGGUCUUCUGGCUUUUUUUGCAUGAAGUGCAUUACACAGAAAUUUUAAAUCCAAACCGAAGUGCCAAAUCUGUGCUUAAUUAGAAAAUGUAUGAAGACUGUACUUAAGGUAAA